GAUGUUGCGCGCGGGUUUGCUAGGGUAGCGAUCUGAAAGGGCGCUUUUUUUUCUGCGCGCUGGCUCCCCGUGCCCCGUACCGGCCAUGCGCCCGGCCUUCGCGGUGGGCCUGGUGUUCGCAGGCUGCUGCAGUAAUGUGAUCUUCCUAGAGCUACUGGCCCGGACACAUCCAGGAUGCGGGAACAUUGUCACGUUUGCACAGUUCUUAUUUAUUGCUGUGGAAGGCUUCCUUUUUGAAGCUGACUUGGGAAGGAAGCCACCAGCUAUCCCGAUAAGGUACUAUGCCAUCAUGGUUACCAUGUUCUUCACUGUCAGCGUGGUGAACAACUAUGCCCUGAAUCUGAACAUUGCCAUGCCGCUGCAUAUGAUCUUCAGAUCCGGCUCUCUGAUUGCCAACAUGAUUCUAGGAAUUAUCAUUUUGAAGAAAAGAUACAGUAUGUUCAAGUAUACCUCCAUUGCCCUGGUGUCUGCAGGGAUAUUUAUUUGCACUUUCAUGUCAGCAAAGCAAGUGACCGUCCAGUCCGGCUUGAGUGACAAGGAUGGAUUCCAGGCAUUUGCGUGGUGGUUACUAGGUAUUGGGGCACUGACCUUCGCCCUGCUGAUGUCGGCAAGGAUGGGCAUUUUCCAAGAGACUCUGUACAGACAGUUUGGGAAACACUCCAAGGAGGCGCUAUUUUAUAACCACGCCCUUCCGCUUCCCGGGUUCAUCUUCUUGGCCUCUGAUAUUUAUGAGCACGUUGUUCUGUUCAAUAAGUCUGAACUCUACCAAGUUCCAGUCAUCGGGGUGACAAUGCCCAUCAUGUGGUUCUACCUCCUCAUGAAUGUUGUGACUCAAUACGUGUGCAUCCGGGGUGUGUUCAUCCUUACAACAGAGUGUACCUCCCUCACUGUCACACUAGUUGUGACUCUGCGCAAGUUUGUGAGCCUCAUCUUUUCUAUCUUGUACUUCCAGAACCAGUUCACUAUGUGGCACUGGCUGGGCACCUUGUUUGUCUUCGUUGGGACCUUAAUGUACACAGAGGUGUGGAAAAACCUAGGAACCACAAAAAGUCAGCUGCAAAAGGAUGACAAGAAGGACUGAGGUCUUCCUGGGACACACAGACGGUGUUAUGUGCGAGUGGCCUCUGUUGCAGGUCUGGCCAUCAUUUCACUUUGGCUGAUGCCAAAUUACCACAGUAUUGAGGCAGACAGUCUCCAGAGCUUCCUCGGAAAGGAUGGGACUCAUCUACUUUCAUGGCUCCCCAGACAGCAUUUGUAGACUCAGCAUAGGCUUCCCUGAGAUAGAAUAUACAAAACAAAUGGGGCUACCAGGCAGACUGUCAGGUAGCCUCUGUAUUUACUUUUCUAUUUCUUUGCCAGAUCAAAACCAUACUUGUUGAAUUCCAAGUCUCAAAGCUUCUAGUUUUCUACUUGUGUCGCACUUGUUGCUACCUUGAUUAUUUGCUAUGACGGCCAACACCCUUCUGUGGCUAUGUACCUCUUUCCUUCCAUUACCCCUCACACGCCAGCACUUUACAGCCACAGCCAGGCACUGAAUCACCCAAUGGGCAUGUGAAAAAUUAGACCCCAGGAAUGAUGAGGCUAGACUCCCUCCAGUGUGUUGGGAGAGAAGCAGUUGCCCCCAUGAGCAGAGCCCUUGAGAUACGUGAGCUGGAUGCUGGAGACACUGGAUUCCACCACCCACAUUUCACGCUACCUGUUUAGUCGAUGCAAAGAUCACACGCUCCUUUCACCUGCUGCUUUCUGCAGUUAGAGCAGUCCUGCAGCGCUCCUCGCACGUUAGAAAGGAAGAAAACUUGGAAGUGGAUAGAGAAGAGGGCGGCCUUUCCUUCCAUCUUCUAUGUGAAGCCCCUUGGCCUGUUACAGAGAGAAUGAAGCGUGGCCCAAUACAGCUCACUCUUUCAGCAUCCUGAGAGACUGUUGCCCUUGUGAACCUGGCCACACACUCACGUGGGUUUCAGAUGUGUGUCUGUGAGAGGCAUUAAGGCCUGGUAACCAGAAGAUACUUCUGAGAAUUAUCACCUGCCAAGUCAUUGAUGAUUGAUUGAUUGAUUGAUUGAUUGAUUGGUACACAAGUGUGGUCAAACCCCAGCUGCCACCGGGUGGAGUCUUGUUUUCCCAUAGAUAAGGGACUGCUUUUGGUGGCUGUGCAUGAGAGGUGGCAUGAGACAGCAUGUUUACAUAGAGAAACAGGCCUGCCCCUGAUCACUCUGCUGAUCAUUCUGAAGGUCUGAUUUUCCUCUCUUGGAUCCUCUUGAGGAAGAGUAACCCUGUCACAUGGCACGUGGUGCUUGUGUGCCCUCAGCUGGAUUGUACGUGAUCGAAGAGCAAGGACGUCCAUGUUGCUUCAUUUCCUCUGUUCUUCACUUAGAGCCAGACCCUCACCACCCUCACCUCGCCAUCUGCUCCUCUGCAAACAGCUAAACUCACUGUUUCUCUCCCACACGGCCUUCCGUUCUUUCCCUGUGAAGACUGUGCUCUUAGACUGAGAUGUGGCUCUCUGUGUCUCCGUGGCUCACUCAUAGUUCUCUGUUGCACCAUCUGAAGAUGCUCGUCGGUGGGUCUGACCAGCAGCAGCAAAGAGAACUGUCCUAAUGCUCUGGGUCCCCUGGGAAGGCAGUUAAAACUGCUUUUGCUUUUGUGUUACAUUAAGUGCAGAUACUGUUUCUCCACCGAAGUCCCCAGGUCUACAGACUUAUUUGUCAUUCUGGCCAUUGACAGCUUCCCUGUGCUGGUGAUGGUCUGAUCUCAAAGAUGCUGAAUUAGAUGUGAACCCAUUCACAGUCCCAGAAGCUCCUUAGCUACUUUGAAAUAUGUGGGGUUGCCUGGACCAAUGUUGCUAUAAAUACCAAGUGUUAAAUGUCCCCUUAAAAAAACAGUAAUAAAAAGUACUUUUUCCUUCCUGCUUAACAGAAGAAUCUGUCCCCCGGGGCUCUUGAGGCUCCGUUCUGAUUACUCCUAACAGGCUAUAGCCUUCAGUUACCUAGUGCUUCCCUUUUCAUGUUGGGAGAAGUACGACACGGCGUGUAGUUCUGAGACUGACUGAUACAGACAGGAUCUAACUGGACCUGUUAGGAUUUCAGAAUGUGUACCCCUCUGCUGGUUUUGUUGAAGGGGAUAAAGGACCAGAUAAGAGUCAGAGCACCCUCACAGCAAAAUGUUCACUUGCAGGAACAGAGCACGUAAAGUGCUUGCUCUGUGAGCACUGCUUGCUCUGUGAGCACUGCUCUCUCAAGCACCCAAGUGCCCCAGCUGCUUCCUCCCAUGCUGUAGAUAGAAAAUGUAUCUAACAGACACUAGUUGCAGUUUUGUAAAAUCGCUGUUCUAAAGGUUCUGUUUUCAUUUUCAUUGUGUGUCAUUGCACAGGGCCCUGCGGUUGGACACUUCGCUACAGUUGAGUUCAUUCCCCAUACUCUCUUCUGACUCUCCUACAGUUGAGUAUGUCCCACACACACUCUUCUCCCCUUGCUGUCCACCUGUUAGGCCCCAUUGUUCUCCUGAACAGUUUGGCUUCUACUUUGAGAUCACGUACACACUGAUUUUAUGUCUCUCUAUCAAGUCCAGGAACUACAAAUAAGAGCAAACAUAUGAUGCUUGUCUUCCCUACACUAGCUUAAUCCGCUUAAUAGGGUCAUCCCUGGAUACAGCCAUAAAAAUCAUUCUUUAUAAAAGUCA